AUGAUGAGGCAGAAACGUAUCAAAUUUUUCCUCCCUGACCCAGGCUCCCACACCCUGCACGCAGUCCUGCUCCCCGUAGGCGAAGUUCCGAGCGCAGCCACCAGAUGGCGACCGGCUCUCUCGGGCAGGGCUUGCAGUAAGGCUGUGCGGCCGCCAGAUGGUGCUCGAGGCCGCGGUCGGCGGGCAGUGCGGGGGACAAGACAGAACAGGAAGGCCCGAGGGUCCGAGCGCGGCCCCGGCAGCCCCAGCACAAGUGACUUUGCCACCCCCGCGCCCUGCCCGCGCCAUGAUCCAGCCCGUGCCUCGGCUCUCUGUGCCCGCCGCGCUGGCCCUGGGAUCGGCUGCUCUGGGCGCUGCCUUCGCUACCGGCCUUUUCCUGGGGAGACGGUGCUCUUCACGGCGAUCCCGGCGAGAGAAGCGCCUUCUGCCCCCCGAGGACAGCCCCUUGUGGCAGUAUCUGCUGAGCCGCUCCUUGCGGGAGCACCCAGCGCUGCGGAGCCUGCGGCUGCUGACGCUGGAGCAGCCGCGGGGAGAGUCCAUGAUGACCUGUGAGCAGGCCCAACUUCUGGCCAACCUGGCGCGGCUCAUUAAGGCCAAGAAGGCGCUGGACCUGGGCACGUUCACAGGCUACUCGGCCCUAGCACUGGCCCUACUGGGGCGGCCCCUAUGGCGGAAGGCUGAAGAGGAACACAAGAUUGACCUUCGGUUGAAGCCCGCCCUGGAAACCCUGGAUGAGCUCCUGGACGCGGGCGAAGCUGGCACCUUCGACGUGGCCGUGGUGGACGCCGACAAGGAGAACUGCACCCUCUACUACGAGCGGUGCCUGCAGCUGCUGCGCCCCGGAGGCAUCCUCGCUGUCGUCAGUGUCCUGUGGCGGGGACGAGUGUUGCAGCGCCAACUGCAAGACGUGGAAACGCAGUGCGUCCGAAACCUGAACGAGCGCAUCCUGCGCGACGCCCGGGUGCACAUCAGCCUCCUGCCCCUGGGCGACGGCCUCACCUUAGCCUUCAAAAUCUAAGGCCGCCCCUAGCCACGGCCUCGAUGGAGGGGACCUGGGAAUCCCAGCCGUCGACCCCGUUUUAAAUCCGUCAAUAAAGUGGGUCCUAGACACAA